UGUCUCUUGCUUCACAGGCAAUGGUGAUGUGAUGUACCGAAUCCUCAUCCCACAGUGAGGAAGAAUAUAAAGCAGUCAUGUGCUGAGUUGUGCGAGCUUAUCUGGAAAUUCCAGCAAAAAAUUGGACAUCAUGGCUUUAAGAGUGCAUCUGAAUAAGGGGGCUGAUGCUUACCCCUCAGUUUCACUGAAAAUGAUGCUGGUUUGGACCAUCUUGUUGUUUGGUCUUGGUUGUGGAAAUGGUCAGCUGGUGCAGACAAAAGUGGAUCCUGUGCUGAUUGUGGCACAGAAUAAGAAUCUUGGUGGUGACCCUGAUGUGAAUUUACCACCUUCAAUUGAUGACAAGAAGACUGUGGCAGGAACAGUCCAGGGUGUGGUCAAGUUGGAUGGUACCUACGAAGAAGGGCUUGGCUCUGUGAUCCGUACAAACAGGACCUCUGCUUUUCUCAACUGCACCUCUGGGGCCAUGAAUGUGGAUGUUGAAUUCUCUGAGCCAUUCUGGGGUAGGAUCUAUGCAGACUUCAAUAGAUUCAGUGCCUGUUCUGUGAAUGGCAAUGGAGGAAGAAGUUAUACACUUGCUUUGCCUCUCAGAGGUUGUGGAACCAUUCAAGAUCCUGCUCGAGUUUUCAUAAACAACAUAAUUGUGCGCUUCCAUGCUGGUCUGGAACUUGAUGGAGAUGAGGUGAAGACCAUUAUUUGUAGGUAUCCACCUCCCAUAGCACCGCCUCCGGCGGUUCCAGUGGUGCCAAUUGUGGCACCACCGCCUGCAGCUCCACCACCAGUUCCUGCUGGCCUGGGUAUG